AAUACACUGAAGAGGUUCCCAUAAAAAUCCAAAGGAACAAAUGGAGCAUGCACUGAAGAGAGUAGCGUGUAAGACGAGUACUGGAUAUUUUAACCGACUUUAAGCUAAAAGUGAUCGAUCAUAAAUGAAGCAUACUGGUGAAUAUUCACAUCACCCUAUAAGAGAAAAACAAACUCCAGGUGCAGCAGCUGAAAUCUGUGUGAAUGUUAAAGAUGGAGUUUAUUAAAGAGGAAAUUGAAGACACUGAUGAUCCAGAACCACCCAGAAUAAAACACAAAGAUGCUGCGGAACAAACAGGAACAGAAGUUAAAGAGGAGAUUGAAGACAUGAGUGAUCCAGAACCAUCCAGAAUAAAACAUGAAGAUAUUGAGGAACAAUUAGACUGGAUUGAAGUAAAACAGCUAAGACGUAGGAUGAAUGAAGUGGAGGAGGAACACUGUAAAAUCAGAACUUCAAGAAAAAAAGCCAAACGGCUGCAUACCUGCACACAGUGUAGAAAAAAUUUCAGAUACAAAGGACAACUUAAAAGACACAUGAGAAUCCACACUGGAGAGAAACCGUACACAUGCCCUCAGUGUGGAAAGAGUUAUACUGAUGCAUCAGGUCUCCGUUAUCAUCUGCACACUCACUCUGGAGAAAAGCCAUUUAGCUGUGAUCAGUGUGGUAAAAAGUUUAUUUCGUCAUCAAGUUUAAAAAUCCACCUGACAGUUCAUACAGAUGAGAAGCCUCAUGUGUGUUCUUACUGUGGAAAGAGUUUUUCAAGCCUGGCUGUUUAUAAACAGCACCAGAAAACACAUAACGAAGUGAGAGAUUACAUGUGUUUUGAGUGUGGGAAAAGCUAUACUAGACAUGUCUAUCUGAAACAGCACCAAAGAAUUCAUACUGGAGAAAAACCUUACAAGUGCUCAUAUUGUGACAAAAGUUUCACUGAGUCUGGAAGCCUGAAAAAGCAUGAGCGACUUCAUACUGGAGAGAAGCCGUACCACUGUAUUCAGUGCGGAAAGAGUUUUGCUGAUGCAUCAGGUCUUAGUUAUCAUCUGCGCAUUCACUCUGGAGAAAAGCCAUUUAACUGUGAUCAGUGUGGUAAAAAGUUUAUUUCAUCAUCACAUUUAAAAAACCACAUGAUAGCUCAUUCAGACGAGAAGCCUCAUGUGUGUUCUUACUGUGGAAAGAGUUUUUCAAGGCUGCCUCACUGUAAAGAGCACCAGAAAACACAUAAUGAAGUGAAAGAUCAUGUGUGUUGUGAGUGUGGGAAGAGCUUUAUUACAGAAAGUCAACUAAAACGGCACCGAAGAAUUCAUUCUGGAGAAAAACCUUACAAGUGCUCAUAUUGUGACAAGAGUUUUGCUUUGUCUGGAAACCUGAAAUCACAUGAGCGAGUUCAUACUGGAGAGAAGCCGUACCACUGUACUCAGUGUGGAAAGAGUUUCACUCAGUCAUCAUCUCUAGCGACUCAUAUUAAAAAGCGUUGUUCUGUGUCAGAGCACAGAUUGUGAUGUCCAAAAGAAAACCUCAGAAUCAUGAUAUAUCUUUAAUUCUUCAGUCACAG